UUUGUCUACCAAGCUUUUUCUCUACAAAAAGACCCAGCGCAAAAGGAAAAUAUGGGACUUCUGUCAGCUUUUGGUUACUUGGUGCUGUUUUCCUCCCUGUUCACACAUGGAGGAUCUGAAGUUGACGUUGCUGUAGAGGUCCAGCCUGACAGCAGACAACACUUCAGGGGAAAAAAUUUCACCCUUUUAUGCUCAGUAAACAGUGGUAAUUCAACGGGGUUGAUAUUGAAGAGUCUUCAAGGAAAUAAAACAAUAUCUGGAUGUUCGCAGUUGAAUGGUACAGAAUCUACAGACAGGGUUGGAGAAUGUCAUUUCAUUGACAUUGAUUAUAAGAACAGUGGGCUGUACUGGUGUGAGAUUCCUGCUGAAAACAAGACGAGCAAAGCUGUCAACAUCACUGUGAGCUCUGAUUCAGAAGCAUCUUUGGUCUGGUUGUCAGGGCUUUGUAUCAUCUUGGUUUUUCUGGUGCUUCUUCCAGUGAUCUGGCUGUUGUUUCCAGGUUUCAGGGAGAAAUUGCAUGUGUGUCUAAACAGGGGAUAUAAGAGGGAAGGGGUCCAACAGGAAAUGCCUAAAACCAAGCAGGACGUGACUGAAAUCCAGUGGGAUCUUCCCUGGAUGGAGAUGGACAAUUUGUUGGACAAGCACCAAAAUCCUGGCAGCUGAACAUUCUACGUUCCAAAUGUGGAUGUUAUCAGAUACAGACAAUAUUUCUGAAGACAGAAAACAGCCACUGUGCUGAGUCCUGGGUAAUAUGACAGAGGAAUAAAGAGGCACAUACUGAUUUUUACAGAACAUGUGUUUUCACACUGAAUAGUAUGUUACCAGCUUUAGAUAAGAGGUCAAAGGUCUUUAAGGAAUGAUUAUAUCACCUGUUAUUAAUUAUGAAAUGGCAUUGAUUUGUUAUUUCUGUGUGACUCGUUCACAGUAAAAACUUCUGCAGAUGGUGACAGGCAAGAUGGCAAUUAACUUUUUUUUUUUUAAACAUGGUUUCUGUGCAUUGUAAUGUGGACAUAUAAAAUAUUUAUUUCUUUAAAAAAGGGUAAAUAAAUAAAUAAUGAUGAAUCAUGUCCAUUCAAAACUGACUGAAAUUGCUAUUUUUUUUAUGUUAACAUUGUGACAUUUGAUAAACAUUUAAUGUAAGUGUUGCUAUCAUGAAAAAAAUUGCACUUAGAUGUUUUGAUCGUAUGCUUGACAUUAAUUAUCCUAGGAAAUAUGAUUUAAAAUAUUUAGCAUUAAAACGUUAUUUCAGUAUAUCUUAAAGCAAUACUUUAAGCAUGUUUUUUAAAAGUACAUUUAUUUUAAUGUAAAUUUAAAAUUUUUUAUAGUGCAUUUUAAAUUAAAUAAUGCACUAGCAAGUAUGUAUGAUAAAACUCACUAGGCAAUAUGUUAAC